UCGCCGCGCCCGGGCAGCGGCCCGACCGGGCGAGCAUGGGCGGUGCGGAGUGACGCCGCUGUGCCCGCUUGGCAUCAAGGACAUUCAGCCCGCGGGGGUGGGGACGAAGGGGGGCAGCCCCGCGUCGCCACUGCAGCCCCCGAGAACCGCCGCUGCUGCUUGGGCUCCGGGGCUAGGUGGAGGAAAGGGGUGCUGGGAAUUCAUCCACAUUUUCCGACCUUUUUGUUGGACAUUACGCCCACCUUGGACGCUGCAAGAGGAGCUGUCAAACCCCGCAGGCUCUGAUUUGGCCCCCUCCGCUUUCCUUGGCUGCUCCCGGCUUCCCUGUGCCUCGGUGGAGUAUUUGCGUUCUGGGCUGGGGCUGGAGGAGGCAGCCACACGCGCGCACACGCACACGUUCAGAGGAGGGCGAGAGGCAGCGGCACAGGCACCAUCUGCAGUGUCAAUGCGGCGCUCCCACUGAAGGAGGGAAACGCGGUGCUUCCAGGGGAGACUGCCCUGCUGAGUCCUGGUGACAGCUGUGCCCAAGUGCUGCUGGGCCGUGAGGACCCUUCUCUGAAAUGAAAGCCAUGCCUUGGAACUGGACUUGUCUGCUGUCCCACCUCCUGGUGGUAGGGAUGGGCUCCUCCACUCUGCUCCCCCGGCAGCCUCUCCCACUGACGCAGAAGCGGUCCUUUGUCACUUUCCGAGGAGAGCCCACCGAGGGCUUCAAUCACCUGGUGGUGGAUGAGAGGACAGGGCAUAUUUACUUGGGGGCCGUCAACAGGAUCUAUAAGCUUUCCAGUGACCUGAAGGUCUUGGUGACCCACCAGACAGGGCCGGACGAGGACAACCCUAAGUGCUACCCGCCCCGCAUCGUCCAGACGUGCAAUGAGCCUCUGACCACCACCAACAACGUCAACAAAAUGCUCCUCAUAGACUACAAGGAGAACCGGCUGAUCGCCUGUGGGAGCCUGUACCAGGGCAUCUGCAAGCUCCUGAGGCUGGAGGACCUCUUUAAGUUGGGGGAGCCUUUUCACAAGAAGGAGCACUACCUGUCGGGGGUCAAUGAGAGUGGCUCGGUCUUCGGAGUGAUCGUCUCCUACAGCAACCUGGAUGACAAGCUCUUCAUCGCCACGGCGGUGGAUGGGAAGCCUGAGUAUUUCCCUACCAUCUCCAGCCGGAAGCUGACCAAGAACUCUGAGGCCGAUGGCAUGUUCGCUUACGUCUUCCACGAUGAGUUUGUGGCUUCCAUGAUCAAGAUCCCCUCGGACACCUUCACCGUCAUCCCCGACUUUGAUAUCUACUACGUCUAUGGUUUCAGCAGCGGCAACUUUGUCUACUUUCUGACCCUUCAGCCUGAGAUGGUGUCCCCUCCAGGCUCCACGACAAAGGAACAGGUGUACACCUCCAAGCUCGUGAGGCUUUGCAAGGAGGACACAGCCUUCAACUCGUACGUGGAGGUGCCCAUUGGCUGUGAGCGCGGCGGGGUGGAAUACCGCCUGCUCCAGGCCGCCUACCUGUCCAAAGCCGGGGCUGUGCUGGGCCGGACCCUGAGUGUCCGCCCAGACGACGACCUCCUCUUCACCGUCUUCUCCAAGGGCCAGAAGCGGAAGAUGAAAUCUCUGGAUGAAUCGGCCCUGUGCAUCUUUAUUCUGAAGCAGAUCAAUGACCGCAUUAAGGAGCGCCUGCAGUCCUGCUACCGGGGCGAGGGCACGCUGGACCUGGCCUGGCUCAAGGUGAAGGAUAUCCCCUGCAGCAGCGCGCUCUUAACCAUCGAUGACAACUUCUGUGGCCUGGAUAUGAAUGCUCCCCUGGGAGUGUCCGAGAUGGUGCGUGGCAUCCCGGUCUUCACGGAGGACAGGGACCGCAUGACUUCCGUCAUUGCCUACGUCUACAAGAAUCACUCUCUAGCCUUCGUGGGCACCAAGAGUGGCAAGCUGAAGAAGAUCCGGGUGGAUGGGCCCAGGGGCAAUGCCCUGCAGUACGAGACAGUGCAGGUGGUAGAACCUGGCCCGGUCCUCCGUGACAUGGCCUUCUCCAAGGAUCAUGAGCAGCUCUACAUCAUGUCAGAAAGGCAGCUCACCAGAGUUCCUGUGGAGUCCUGCGGUCAGUAUCGGAGCUGCGGGGAUUGCCUUGGCUCCGGUGAUCCCCACUGCGGCUGGUGUGUGCUCCACAACACGUGCACCCGGAAGGAGAGGUGUGAGCGGUCCAGGGAACCCCGUAGGUUUGCCUCAGAGAUGAAGCAGUGUGUCCGGCUGACAGUCCACCCCAACAACAUCUCCGUCUCUCAGUACAACGUGCUGCUGGUCCUGGAGACAUACAAUGUCCCGGAGCUAUCAGCUGGCGUCAACUGCACCUUUGAGGACCUGUCAGAGAUGGAUGGGCUGGUGAUAGGCAAUCAGAUCCAGUGUUAUUCCCCUGCAGCCAAGGAGGUGCCCCGGAUCAUCACAGAGAAUGGAGACCACCAUGUCGUACAGCUUCAGCUCAAGUCCAAAGAGACAGGCAUGACCUUCGCCAGCACCAGCUUUGUCUUCUACAACUGCAGCGUGCACAACUCGUGCCUGUCCUGCGUGGAGAGCCCGUACCGCUGCCACUGGUGUAAAUAUCGGCACGUCUGCACCCAUGACCCCAAGACUUGCUCCUUCCAGGAAGGCCGCGUGAAGCUGCCCGAGGACUGUCCCCAGCUGCUGCGAGUGGACAAGAUCCUGGUGCCCGUGGAGGUGAUCAAGCCCAUCACUCUGAAGGCCAAGAACCUUCCGCAGCCCCAGUCGGGGCAGCGCGGCUACGAGUGCAUCCUGAACAUCCAGGGCGGCGAGCAGAGGGUGCCUGCCCUGCGCUUCAACAGCUCCAGCGUGCAGUGCCAGAACACCUCCUAUUCCUAUGAAGGGAUGGAGAUCAACAACCUGCCCGUGGAGUUGACGGUCGUGUGGAAUGGGCACUUCAACAUUGACAACCCAGCUCAGAAUAAAGUCUACCUCUACAAGUGCGGGGCCAUGCGGGAGAGCUGCGGGCUGUGCCUCAAGGCCGACCCAGACUUCGAGUGUGGCUGGUGCCAGAGUCCAGGCCAGUGCACCCUGCGCCAGCACUGCCCUGCCCACGAGAGUCGCUGGCUGGAGCUCUCAGGCGCCAACAGCAAGUGCACGAACCCCCGCAUCACAGAGAUAAUUCCAGUGACAGGCCCCCGGGAAGGGGGCACCAAGGUCACCAUCCGAGGGGAGAACCUGGGCCUGGAAUUCCGAGACAUUGCCUCCCAUGUCAAAGUGGCCGGGGUGGAGUGCAGCCCCUUAGUGGACGGCUACAUCCCUGCAGAACAGAUCGUGUGUGAGAUGGGAGAGGCCAAGCCCAGCCAGCACGCGGGCUUCGUGGAGAUCUGUGUGGCUGUGUGCCGGCCCGAGUUCAUGGCCCGCUCCUCGCAGCUCUACUACUUCAUGACGCUGACUCUCUCCGACCUUAAGCCCAGCCGGGGGCCCAUGUCUGGGGGCACCCAGGUGACCAUCACGGGCACCAACCUGAACGCGGGCAGCGAUGUGGUGGUGAUGUUUGGAAGGCAGCCCUGCCUCUUCCACAGGCGAUCCCCGUCCUACAUCAUCUGCAACACCACGUCCUCGGAGGAGGUUCUGGAGAUGGAGGUGACGGUGCAGGUGGACAGGGCCAAGAUCCGCCGAGACCUGGUCUUCCAGUACGUGGAGGACCCCACCAUCGUGCGCAUCGAGCCCGAGUGGAGCAUUGUGAGUGGGAACACACCCAUCGCUGUCUGGGGGACUCACCUGGACCUCAUACAGAACCCCCAGAUCCGUGCCAAGCAUGGCGGGAAGGAGCACAUCAAUAUCUGUGAGGUCCUGAAUGCCACCGAGAUGACCUGCCAGGCCCCAGCCCUGGCCCUGGGUCCCGACCACCAGUCGGACCUCACCGAGAGGCCUGAGGAAUUUGGCUUCAUCCUGGACAAUGUGCAGUCCCUGCUGAUCCUCAACAAGACCAACUUCACCUACUAUCCCAACCCUGUGUUCGAAGCCUUCGGUCCGUCAGGAAUCCUGGAGCUCAAGCCUGGCACCCCCAUCAUCCUAAAGGGCAAGAACCUGAUCCCACCAGUGGCUGGGGGCAACGUGAAGCUGAACUACACCGUGCUGGUUGGGGAGAAGCCGUGCACCGUGACCGUGUCAGAUGUGCAGCUGCUCUGCGAGUCCCCCAACCUCAUUGGGAGGCACAAAGUGAUGGCCCGCGUCGGCGGCAUGGAGUACUCCCCGGGGAUGGUGUACAUUGCCCCCGACAGCCCGCUCAGCCUGCCGGCCAUCGUGAGCAUCGCGGUGGCUGGAGGGCUCCUCAUCAUCUUCAUCGUGGCUGUGCUCAUCGCUUACAAACGCAAGUCCCGCGAGAGCGACCUCACGCUGAAGCGGCUGCAGAUGCAGAUGGACAACCUGGAGUCCCGCGUGGCUCUGGAGUGCAAGGAAGCUUUUGCCGAGUUGCAGACAGACAUCCAUGAGUUGACCAGUGACCUGGACGGGGCCGGGAUCCCCUUCCUGGACUACAGGACCUACACCAUGCGAGUGCUGUUCCCAGGAAUUGAAGACCACCCUGUGCUCCGGGACCUCGAGGUCCCGGGCUACCGGCAGGAGCGCGUGGAGAAAGGCCUGAAGCUCUUCGCGCAGCUCAUCAACAACAAGGUGUUCCUGCUGUCCUUCAUCCGCACGCUCGAGUCCCAGCGCAGCUUCUCCAUGCGCGACCGCGGCAACGUGGCCUCGCUCAUCAUGACCGUCCUGCAGAGCAAGCUGGAGUACGCCACCGACGUGCUGAAGCAGCUGCUGGCCGACCUCAUCGACAAGAACCUGGAGAGCAAGAACCACCCCAAGCUGCUGCUCAGGAGGACAGAGUCGGUGGCUGAAAAGAUGUUGACCAAUUGGUUCACUUUCCUCCUCUACAAGUUCCUCAAGGAGUGUGCUGGGGAGCCCCUCUUCUCCCUGUUCUGCGCCAUCAAGCAGCAGAUGGAGAAGGGCCCCAUAGAUGCCAUCACAGGAGAGGCCCGCUAUUCCCUGAGCGAGGACAAGCUCAUCCGGCAGCAGAUCGAGUACAAGACCCUGGUCCUGAGCUGUGUCAGUCCAGACAAUGCCCACAGCCCUGAGGUCCCAGUGAAGAUCCUCAACUGUGACACCAUCACUCAGGUCAAGGAGAAGAUUCUGGAUGCCAUCUUCAAGAACGUGCCCUGUUCCCACCGGCCCAAGGCUGCAGACAUGGACCUUGAGUGGCGACAAGGGAGCGGGGCGAGAAUGAUCCUGCAGGAUGAAGACAUCACCACCAAGAUCGAGAACGACUGGAAGAGACUCAACACCCUGGCCCAUUACCAGGUGCCGGAUGGUUCCGUGGUAGCUUUAGUGUCCAAGCAGGUGACGGCCUAUAACGCAGUGAACAACUCCACCGUCUCCAGGACCUCGGCGAGUAAAUACGAAAACAUGAUCCGGUACACGGGAAGUCCCGACAGCCUCCGCUCCAGGACGCCCAUGAUCACCCCCGACCUGGAGAGCGGAGUCAAGAUGUGGCACCUGGUGAAGAACCAUGAGCACGGGGACCAGAAGGAGGGUGACCGGGGGAGCAAGAUGGUCUCUGAGAUCUACCUGACACGCCUGCUGGCCACUAAGGGCACUCUGCAGAAGUUUGUGGAUGACCUCUUCGAGACCAUCUUCAGCACAGCCCACCGCGGCUCGGCCCUGCCCCUGGCCAUCAAGUACAUGUUCGACUUCCUGGAUGAGCAGGCCGACAGGCACGGCAUUCACGACCCGCACGUGCGCCACACCUGGAAGAGCAACUGCCUCCCCCUGCGGUUUUGGGUCAACAUGAUCAAGAACCCGCAGUUUGUGUUUGACAUCCAUAAGAACAGCAUCACGGACGCCUGCCUCUCCGUGGUGGCCCAGACCUUCAUGGACUCCUGCUCCACAUCGGAGCACCGGCUGGGCAAGGACUCGCCCUCCAAUAAGCUGCUCUACGCCAAGGACAUCCCCAGCUACAAGAACUGGGUGGAGAGGUAUUACUCGGACAUCGGGAAAAUGCCGGCCAUCAGUGACCAGGACAUGAACGCGUACCUGGCGGAGCAGUCCCGGCUGCACAUGAGCGAGUUCAACACUAUGAGCGCUCUCUCGGAGAUCUUCUCCUACGUGGGCAAGUACAGUGAGGAGAUCCUUGGACCUCUGGACCAUGAUGACCAGUGUGGCAAACAGAAAUUGGCCUACAAACUAGAACAAGUCAUAACCCUCAUGAGCUUAGACAGCUGAGAACCGUCCUUCCAGGGCCGCCCUGGAGGGAGGGACACACCAAGCCGUGCCUCAGUCUAGAUUUCAUCUUUACCAAGUGCAAGUUCCGACUGGCAUCAGCAGCAUCCCCUGAGCAGCGCUGUCUCCCCGGCCCCCGCCCUCUCUGCCUCUCUCUGCCUCUCCCUCCUUCCUGGAUCCCUUCUCGUUCGGUUGCUCUGCCAACACGCUGGGACCAAGCCGCCAGCCCUGAGCCAGGGGUGGCCAGGCCCACAGUGAGGGACCUGUCCAGAAGAUAUCAGAGUGGGGCUCUCCUUCCAGCUGCUCCUGACUUCAUGCAGCCGCAGCCGCAGGGCCCAAAUGUGGAUGAGGAGCUGUGGACAGAGGACGUUUCUAUGCUGCUACUUCACCUUCCGCUGGAGAGCCCCGGCUUUGGUCCUGAAGUUGGCCUGGGGAAGAGGCAGUGGGCUCAGUAUUGUCUUCACGGAAGAUGUCACGUGGCUCGCCCUCCCCACAGUCCAUCUCCAAGAGGUCAGUCGGGGCGCUUCGCAACUGUGAGAGGAUAGGCCUCACCUCCUCCAUGUGGCUGGAGCGGGGAACAUGUGGGGAAAGGGAGCUCCUGGGGGCUGCCUCCCACCUGUUGGGUCGACGCCAGAGGCCUCCUGUCCCUUUCCAAUCUCCAUGAAGCCCUUCCAAGUGUCCGUGUGGACCUGCCUGCCCAGCCUCCUCCUCUGCCUGGGGCAAGCCAGGCAGGAGAAAGAAUAGCACUUACAUUCCACCAUGGAGACGCUCCUAACCUUCAGAUCUGGCUCCUAACAGCAGGAAUGUCAUGUGGAGGGGGAGAAAAGAGAGUGGCAUCCACCAUGGAAGCAGCAUCUGUUGUUCUCCAUUCAUCCCCAAAUUCCAAUGUGUCACCGCCAUUGUCAUAGGUCUAGUCCAUGGCCAGAGCCUUAAGUGCUGUCUAGAGAAGGCAUCUCCACCCUCCUUGGUCACCCUUCAUCAAGGGUCAGCGUGAAAUGCAGCGUGCAUCCAGGAGAUUCUACCUCCAGCCGUCUCCAAGGCUCCAUCCCCACCAUCCUUGAGAACUCCAUAGAAGGCCGGGGCGGACAGUCCUGUACCUGUCCCCCCUGCAGAAUCUGGUGCCAUUGCUAUGCAGAUGACUUUGUCACUGGGCUGUCCAGACCUCCUUGGGAAUCAUUUCAUGACCAUCUCAGCUGUGUCUUCAGACAUACUCCUUCCUGACCCCUUCAGUAGUCCUCACGGGACUGCCCCAGCAUAACCUCACCACGACCACCACCAACCGUGGUCCCAGCUUGUCGUGUCUGGGAGGGACUGGAAAAUGAAGCUAAGGGACCUGAAUGGAAAUGGAAGGAGGGACAUGCAACUGACCACAGCCUUGGCAUCCAUCUCUCCACUCAUCCUUGCAUCUAUGGAUACCCCAUUUUAGCCAGUCAGGCAAAUGUGUGCUCAGAAAUGUGUACUCGGUAAGCGGGGGCCAUGGCGAGAAGUAUUCCAGUGGUGGGUCCCGGGAGCUUAUCAUCUUGAAGGGACCUUCGGUGCUGUGUGGUCCACCAUAGGCAGGCAUCUCUUCUGGAGCUCUAGUGGUCGGCCAUUCUGGGCGACCAGGAGAAGCAUCAUGGCAGGUGGUGUCGAUAAGGAUCCCACCCCACCGUCACUCUCUAAGCACCAGAUGUCCUUCCUCGUCAUCCAUCAAAGUGAGGAAGGAGCCACAUCAUUUCCAGCCAAGUCCAUGCAGCAUCCUGCGCUUGAAGUCCCUUCGCCCCUUUGGAUAUGAAUAAAUGCGUGUGUGCGAGCGCACGUGCUCGCUCGCACGUGUGUCUGCCCCAGGAGUAGGCAGAGCGCUCCGGGAGAUUUCUUGUCCUAUGUAGGAGGAUGUUGAAGUGUUAUGCUUCUCUGUCCCCUUGCUCAUCCGUUCAUCCUGCAGCUUCGGGACAUUUCAACACUUGCUUUCUGU